AUGCUGCAUGAGCUCAACAUACUUCGUCAUCAUUCUGUCAUUCUCAUCACCGGAAUUGGUGGCGGAAAGUCCACGCAAACUCGAGGAGUUGCAUUCCUCAAGCUCCGCUCACUUCGCUCAAAAUCAGACGUCAUCAUUCAAGCUCACAUUCUGCAGACGUUAACAAACAUCUUGCCAUCAUUCAUCGCUGCACCACAGGAAUGGCCGCAUCUCACCAAGUUAGCCUUGGCGGAUCCAGAUUUUCUGACACCACAGCCAGUGGAUAUUAUCAUUAGAGCUGACUCAUAUGGGCAGAUCAUCAAGCCCAACAUCAUCAAACGGGAUACAUUAAUGCCAAUUGCGCAGUUCUCAAUCUUUGGAUGGCUCGUUCUCGGGCCUGUCGACACAUCAUCAUCGGCACCUGCUGCAGUGCAUCAUGCAUCGAUUCAGGAGCGGGAAGAUGCUCUCGACGAGUUACUGUCGAGAUUUUGGACACAGGAAGAAGUGCCUGCGAGCAACAAUCCUGAGCUUACUCCUGACGAGCAAAGAUGUGAAAAACAUUUCAAGAGUACUGUCUCACGGGAUUCAACAGGUCGAUACACAGUUCCACUAAAAUCAUCACCUGAUACUCUUGGCGAUUCGUAUCUCACUGCGCAUCGAUGUUUGCAAAGUUUACAAAAGAGACUCUCCCGAGAUGACAACUAUCGACGUCUGUAUCAUCAAUUUAUGACAGAAUAUCGAGAUCUCAACCACAUGAAGAAAGCCUCACCCGUUUCCAGUCAGCAAACGCAAUAUUAUUUGCCACAUCACGGAGUGCUCAAACCAGACAGUGCAACCACGAAAUUACGUGUGGUAUUCAAUGGCUCGAGCGCAUCCACAUCUGGCCGCUCACUUAAUGAUAUCAUGCACACGAGAGCCAAGUUGCAUUUAGACGUCACCGAUGUCUUACUCUGGAUUCGACAAUUUCGACACCUAGUUGCCACGGACAUCACCAAGAUGUAUAGACAGAUCAACGUGCAUGAAGAUGACUGGAACUUACAACGGAUUCUCUGGCUCGACAAACUGCUCAAUGAAGUGGCAUAUUAUCUAACCACGGUCACGUAUAGCACCAAGGCUGCCCCGUUCUUGGCAGGAAUGUUUAAAAGGAAUGUUUAG